UCGUAUCGGUUUAUUUUAUCUACAAUGGGGAGGUCUUCCCUAUUAUAAAUAAAAUAAAUUCAAACGGUCCUACCGGAACACAUAUGAAUUCCUGUAUAUUUCUUUUUGAAUUCCUGUAAUAAGAUACUAUACAGAUUACUAUUUACUUAGAUUAGAAGGGAAAUAAAGUGCAAUUUUCAGCUAAGUAAACAGUUUGCGUUUUCCUACGAAACUAAAAUUCAUUGUCUAGAAGUAAUAAAGUUUUAAUGCAAAAUACCAAUUUCUCUUAAUAUAAAAAAAAUUUACUAGGUCUAUGAAAAAAAAAUUAUACCUAUUUACCUACGGUACGAACGAUAUCGAAAUGGGCGAUGACCUUAUUUCUACUAUCAAAGCCUACAGAAACUUUGAGAGAAACAAUAUUAGACAUCAAAAUAAGACAAAUAGUACCCAUGCCUACUUCAUAUACAAUCUAUCAUGAAUAAAAAAAUAAUUUAAGUGCAGAUGAGAUAAGGGGUACGAUAUUAAUAAGUAAAUCUCGAGCCCGAUAAUAAUAACCUAUCUUCUUAGUCAUAUAGGUGACUACCAACUUAGACCCGUUAGAAACUAAGAUGAUAUGAUACUAAGAUGAUAACUACCUACAAUGAAAUAAGUAAACAAAAUAAGGACUGAUGAUGAUGAUUUAUAAACAAUGAAUUUUAGUUCUUCUAGAAUUGUGUAGUAUAUGAGUAAUAAUUAAUAUAGGUUACCCCUACAUAUAUCUUCACAAUCAUUUAUAAUGGUAACACCAUUACUUUCUGUCAUUUUAAAAAUGACAGCGAAAGAAUUGUCAAAUUGCCAAAUGCCAACUAAGUGAACUAAAAAAGUUUUAUUUUACCAAUAUAAAAGUUAUUUUCUAUAUACUUAUUGAACAUUUUUUUUUAAAUACUCCUUUUAACUAUUUUUAAACAUAGUAGAUACAUCAGCAAAUACAACAUGAUCGGAUAAACUAAAGUAUAAUUUUAAACUUUUGUGUGAGUCAUACAAUACUGUAAAAGAUGCAGAGUGUUAAAAACUUUCAUCAGUUUGUAUAAUAAAAUCCUAAAAUGUCUGAAAGAAAAGGUACUAAAGCUCUCGAAUUAUGGUGCAAACGUCUUGUAAAGGAUUGCCCCAAUGUACAAAUAGAUAACAUGACUACAUCAUGGAGAAAUGGCAUUGCUUUUUGUGCCUUAGUCCAUCACUUCAGACCAGAUUUAAUAGAUGUGUCAAAGUUGAAACCCGAAGAUAUAUAUGAAAAUAAUCAACUUGCCUAUAGCAUUGCUGAAAAGCAUUUGGGCAUUCCAUCAUUAUUGGACCCUGAAGAUAUGGUGAAUAAUGAAGUACCCGACAGACUCUCAAUAUUAACUUAUUUAUCUCAAUUUUAUCAACGUUUAGGUCAUACAGUCAACAACAAAUCAGCUGAAAGUGACCAAAAAGUAUCAUUACCAUCUACAACUCAGUCUGCUGCACCAAUAAAGUUUGGAAAAUCAGGGCAUGACAAAUGUGCAGCAUGUGGUCUACCUGUCUACUUAGCUCAACGUCUACUUGUAUCUCACAAACUUUACCAUAGAAGAUGUUUUCGUUGUUCUAAGUGUUCUGGACAUCUUAACCCAAAAAAUUUUGAGUUAAUUGAUGGAUCUGAAUUUUCUUGUGAUAGUUGUAAGAAUGAAAAAAAAUUAUCAAAAUUCUUAAAUAAUAAUGAUCAUGAUCAAAUGGGUAUGUUGGCAUUUAGUGAAGCCAUGCCAGAAAAAUCCACAGAAAUUAAGAAAGAAGAAACAAAUGUUAUAAAACAUAGACCUAGACCCCAGUCAGUAUUAGAGAAAAUAAGUAUGUUUGAGAAGAAUGCUGAAAAAGAAACAAACAUGGAAGAAAAUUUAUCAAACCUUUCUAUAAAAGACAAUGUAAAUAUUAAUGUUAAAGAAUUAAGUACUUCCAGUAUUAAUACUAGCAGUGUAACAGAUAAUUAUGAUCUAAAACCUGUUUACACAAACACUGAACUAGACUCAACAAUAGAGAAAAAACAAUUAAGUCCUAAAACUGAAGAAUUAUUAGACAUAAAACCUGAAAAAGUUUACAGAAGUGAUAUUAAUAAAUUUAAUUUCCUACAAACACAAUUGUCAAGUGUCACAUUAGAUAACAAUAAAGACAAAGAUUUACAUAAUGUAGAAUUGGAAGAAACAAGGCAAAACAAGGAAGACUGCUCUAGUAAUAUAACUAAGAAAGAUGAAAAUGUUCAAAAAGAAAUGAGUGAUAAACCUAAUGAUUUACUUAAAGAAGAAAGUAAUAUAACUGAUGAUAUUAGAAUAGCAAAAAGUCAUAACACACCAUCUUAUGUCUUAGAUGAGCAUAUUCCCUUACCAACAUCAGAACUAACAGAAAAGAAUGAAGAUGUUGCUAUUAGUGUUCCUCCCAGGCGAAAAAAGCAGCAACAUACUCCUGAAAAAACAAAAUCGACUGAAAAUGAUGUAAUAAAAAAGCCAAACCAAGAUAAAACAUAUCCAAAACAUUUAAACCCAUUUUCAGAUGAUGAAGAUGAGAAUGAAGAGUCUAAGUCUAAGGAGCUACCAAAAAAGAUAAGCACAAACCCUUUUGGUAGCACCGACGAAGAAGAUGACGACGUACCACCAAUACAACCGCCCCUAAAAGUUCAGAACAAUCAAACUACGCCUGUAAGGCGUCUAAUAGCCGUAAAUCCUUUCUGGUCCGAUGGAGAAGAGCCAUCAUCAGAUGAAGAAGAAACAUGUGAUAAUAGGUCUAACAUGUAUAAGUCCGUGAUGGCAACGAGCACGCCGAAUUUACCCGCAAGCGUUCCACGACGCAAGAAAGCAAAAGCCCCACCUCCUCCAGUUGUAACGGUCGUGGAACCUGCUACUCCCACAGAACAUCCUUCAACAUCAAUGGACGACGUAGCGAGCAUCUCAUCACUUAGCUCUUAUAACUCUACUGUGCACUCUGAUCAAAAAUCCAUCGGUCAUUCUACGCCAAUGAUGAAGAAAAAACGUCUAGCGCCCACUCCACCAGAUAGUCUCUCUACAGUAUCAGGAUGCGGAGGCUCGAUGGAAACAGGUGUCGAUACUUCGAGCAUUCGCAACAUAUCUGAUGGUGGACGUAAGAUGAAGGGGCCAGCACCAGGGCUACCUCUACCCGAGCGACGCGAAGUGAAAUUGCAGAUAUCCGCGGAAGAGUUACAAGUCCAACUUGACUUGCUGGAAACGCAGCAACUAGGGCUAGAACGACAAGGCGUUCUCAUCGAGCAAAUGAUUCGGGAUAAGUGUGAGGGCGACGACUCAUCUUCGGUGCCGCAAGAGGAAGUGGAAGAUUUAGUAAUACAACUGUGUGAACUGGUCAAUGAGAAAAACGACUUGUUCAGGAAGCAAACUGAAUUGAUGUACAUCCGGCGGCAGCAAAGAUUAGAACAAGAACAAGCUGAUAUUGAACAUGAGAUAAGAAUAAUACAAUCGCGGCCAGCAGUUAAUCGCAUCGAUGCUGAUAAGGCACGUGAGGAACAACUAGUUUCUCGCCUUGUAGAGAUAGUGCGCAUGCGCGAUGAAUUAGUGCAGCAAAUUGAUGCAGAACGGCGACGGGAACGGCAAGAGGAUCUCGCUAUCGCUGCUUCGAUAGCCAGCAAAAGAGCACAACGGAAUAGCGAAUCGAAUAGCUCAUCUAUUAAAUCGGCAGAAGUUAUCGCAUCACCCAAGAAAAGCAAAGUGAAGGAUAAAGUGAAAAAACAACUUAAGAAAGCCAAACAUACGUUAAUUUCUAAGAAAAAAGAAGAUUCGGGUAAGGAAGAAAAACCAGAAAAAGAUAAGAAAUCCAAAUAAAGUUACUGAUUCUCCAUGUAUCAUUUGGUGAUCAUACUUAAUUUUUAGAUUUUAUACUUAAUUUUUCGGCUACCAUUGUCUACUGAAAGUAGUACUUAAUUAAGACUGAAACAUUCCACUAAUACUGUGUUACAGACGAUAUUGUUAAAUAAUUUAUAGACAUUGGUAUUUUAAACUUAUUUUAUAUACAUUAAUCAAAUUUAAAUAUUACUUUAUUUUCGUCUGUAAUAUAAAAAUGAACAUGAAAUUCUAUAGGUAUAUGGAAAUAUGUGCCAGAAUCUAAAUUAAGAGCUAAACUUAAAAUAUUGUGCCACGUGAAUCUCAGUCUUUAAUAUCCUUUAUAGGUGCAUUGUUGUAAUAAUAAUAUACUGUGUGUUAUUCUUGAUUAAUUAAUUGCGUUACGUAAUUAAUCAAAUUAUAUCAUUUAAAUAUUACAAAAAAUGAAAAAAAUAAUUAUAAUAAAAAUAUAUAUUAUCAUAUCCUAAGUGGCUAUCACUUAAGACAUGCGUAUAUACUUUUAUCGGUCUAAUUCGAUUAUAGAAUCAAUAAUAAAAUAUGCACACAUUUUAUUAAAAACAUAAAAAAAAAACUUCUAAUUAGAGGUUUUUAAUUUAAAUCAAUUUAUUUAUUUGUUCGCGUCGUAGCUAUAUUUAGCUUCGAUAAUGGUGAACCGAAUUAUUGUUAUUUUUUUCCUUAUAUAAUAUAACUAAAUGCUUAUUUAAUGAACGUUCUAACUUUAAUUUUUUUUUCUUAUCUAUAUAUUUACUCUAUUUAUACAAGGUGUACCUAUACUCAUUUUAUAAAAUUAAGAAUUUUAAGUUCUUUAAACUAACAAUACGAGCACGAGAUGCACGCUUGGUCGCGUUGACUAAGCUCAACCCUCGUAAAAAAAAAUCUAACGGUAGAAGUCUGAUUUGUUACAUGUAAAUUGAUUUGUCAGCAGAAACUUUAAAAAAUUACAGUUUUAGAAAUAAAACAGUGUCAUGCUAUUACAUUAGCUAUUAAUAAAUUAUAUAAAAUAUUAAAAAUAUAAUCCGAAAACCAUUCUUAGAUGAGAAUACAUGUUUUUUUUUUUUAUAAUAAAGUCGCUAUUAUAACGUGGCGUAUAUUACGAAAAUUUAGCUAUAAUCCACGGUUGACCAAAGCAGUGCAUGUAAAAUGGUCAGCAACGCGCUCUUUUUCCUCUCGCAGUAAUUCGAAUCGCAAACGUAACUAACAAGUGGACGAAUCAUUAAAUUAGUUCUUCUACUAGAGCGCUCUUUUGUACUAAGUCAUUUGCAAAUAACACAACAAUACUGAAAUUGGAAUAAGUGUAUAACGCUUACUUAUAUUUCGCAAUAAAUUUCAGUUAGCAGAAAUAAGCUACAGGAAUACUUACUUAAUUUGUAGUUGGGACAGAUUAAAUUUUGUUUUAUUUGUAAGAAAUAUUUUUGAUAAUAUUUUUUUAUGUGACAAUUAUUUACAAAAUUGUUUUGCAAUCUUCAUUUAAAAUUAAAUAUGUUAUAUUAAAUUAAUUUUAGUAAAAUCAUACAUUUAUAUAUAUAAAUAAAAUUAUAGACAGUUCGAGUCUGUAUUUGAGUAAUUAAUUAAAUUUAAAUUAUAAGUGACAUCCUGAAAAAGAGAAAGUGCCCGCGAGCUAGUACGAAAAAUAAAUUAAAUUUUUAUGAUGGGAAGGCGGUCUGUAUAACAGGCCAGUGGCCUUUCAUUGUUUCUGCAUACUCCAAGAGAUAAUCGAAACAUAACAAAUAGAAAAAAACAAAGUAUAUUCAUAAAGCUAUUUUCAAAUAAUGUAUACACGAACAAUGCCGAGUGCUAGGUGAUGUGUAAUAAUAAUAAACAAGUCAAUUAUAAUAUACAUAUAAACAUCGAGCAAUUGGACUUUCUCGACUCAUUGAUUCGAGUAAGCCCAAUUGCUCGUUGUGGUAUCUAUAGGGAUAAAAUAUUUACAUUGCAUCGCACGCUUACACAAAAUAGUUCGAACCUAUUACAUAUUUCCAACUUUUUUGCCACUUUUUAAUUUUACUAAUGUUAUUUUUAUUUGAAAGUUUAAAUUAUAAAUUAUUUUUAUCCGCGUCUUCUUUCUCAUGGACGAGAUGCAUCUGAAACACUAUGUGUGUACCAAAUUGCAAGACGAUUGCUUAAGCCGUUAAGAUGCCAAAAGACAAGUAAACUCACUUUCUUUUUUAUGAUAUUAGCAUGGAUUCCAUUCCAACUAUGACUGUAUCGAAUUUAUUGUAUGUAAUUAGAACUGUAACCAACUGAUGGUAGACCGAUAAAGUGAACAUCUCUUUUACAUAAAAUAUAUUUUAUUGUAUAAAUGAUAACUAAUACUCUGCACAUUAUAGUAUGGUGCAUGCAGCCUUGGAGUGCGGAUGAAAGUUUACUAAAUCGUAAAUUAUGGAUUCAACAUAAUAUGUAUUAUUUUAAAAUAAUAUUUAUGAUUAUUAUAUUUCAAUUAUAAAAAUUUCAAACUUUGCAGUUUUUUUUUACAAAAUGUUAGCUAACACCCGCACUCUAACGCACAAAAUAUAAUUCAAAUGUUUCAUUUAUAUAAAUUUUGUAACUUACUAGGUAUUAAUGUAUUUCGCGAUAUAAAUUAGUGAGUGAAUAAACGUGUAAGUAAUAUAUCAGUAACAAGAAAGUUUGAACGUAUAAAUAACUAACAAUUUGACCGCUAAUUCAUACGCGUGAAUUACAAUAGUAAAUAAACCAAUUAAAUAGACAAUUUAUAGAUAAAAAAAUAAACUUAAAUGUAAAAUAUUAAAAAAACUAUAAACUUGAUUCAGGAACACAACUGUGGAAACCGCAUUUAAUUAGGUUCAAUAGUUUUUGCAUUAUAUCGGAACAAAUAUACCGACAGACAAAAUAAAAAAAAAAAAAUAUGUUUAUUAAAAUCCGUCAAAUCAAAUUAUUUAUUAUGUACAUAUGACUUCGUAUAAGUUACACUUCUAUCUGAUUUAUACAUAUAUAUUUAUUUACAGUAAGCUUUCGGGACCUAAAUCAAUAAACCUUUUGACUUGGUAAUGCAAAUCAGUGACGUAUUUAAAAUUAUUUUCCAAGGAGACCCUGGCACCUUAAAAAGGUCCUCUGUACUCGGACAUAUCUUUGUAAAGCUUUUCUCGUGUCCUGGAGUAAGCUUCACAGAAUUCUGGAGUAACACUUCAUUUUUUUAAUGUUUUAGACUAUGACAAAUAAUUUUAAAAUUAUAUAAAUAUUUGUGCUAUAUUGUGACUCUAUGACUGUUAAAGUAUUAAGCAAUUAAAUGUAAGAAAAAAAAUCGAAUAUACAAAUACUGGUUGGUAAAGAUAAAAUGUUAGAUAUCAUCUGGAGAAAAAGAAGAUCAAAGAAGCAUUUUCUAAAUUUAAAAAAUUGUUACUUUUAUAUUAACAAGCAAAAAAUCAAGCCAGCCUACAUUAAUGUCAUAUAAUGACAGAUAUAUUUGCCGUUAAAAUUGUCAAUUUAUGUAAAAAGUUACUAAAACUUUUAGUAUACUCAUAUAGAUACUGUAAGUGUGUUAUGUUAAGUAUACAGUCGUAUUUGGAAUGAGUGUAACAGUGUUGCAAAUAUACUAUACACUAUACCUGAAUAUUUUUGUCAGUAUAUAAUUUUACAAAAAAAAGCCAUAUUUCAAGGAAUUCAUAUAUAUAAUAAAAAUAUAAAUAAUAUGUUUUAAAUAUGAAAAUACUCAAGUCUUCCAUUUUAUUUUUUUAUUUAGUUUCAAUAAUAUUAAAAUUAUUUAUAAUUAGUCACUAAUAAGUUAACAGCAAUGUAAAGCACUUUUUGAUGACUGUCGCUUAUGCAUCGCUAACAUUAUUAUGUAACUACACAGGGUUGUUAAAAUUAGUGUGUAGAUUAUUUUUUAUAAUAUCACCAUAAGAUUUUACUAUUGUAUAAACUGUUGUCUAAUGUAUGUGUAAUUCAUACACAACCUGCACAAACUUUUCCCACAUAAACCACAACUAUAUAAAAUAAUUUUGGCGUUUUAUUUUAUUGUGCCUUUAUAUUUUUCUGUUAUAAAAUGUAAUUAUACUAACUGGAGAAGAGGAUGGUUAGUAAUUAAAAGAUCUUAGCCAUUAGUUUUGCAUACCACUAUAACACAGCAAACAAGUAGACGGCCCACUUGAUGAUAAUUGGUAACCGUAGCCUACGAGUAUAAACGUCUGCAAUACCAGAGGUAUUACACGCACAUUGCCGAGCCUGAAAACCUCUUUACAGCUUUUUUGAAGAACCCCAUGCAGUAGUCUCUUGGUAAACCUUAACAGGG